AUGCUAUUUCCUGCAUUGUCAUGUGGGUCAGAAGAGCUAACUCUCAAGCAUCUUGGAAAGAGUCUGGAGCAUUUGGGAACUGAAGCGAACAACCCACCAUCAUCUCUCGACUUUGGACAAGACAGGCGUUCGGGUGGCCGAUGCGCCGAGCCGCCGCCAGGCCCGGGCUGUGCGAUAUCUGUUUGUGCAGAGCAGAGAGCCCAUACCUAUUAUCAUUACAGAUCCUGCACCGAUCACAGGCCAAACCCACAUGAACAGUUCAGGUUCCGGAUGGUGGCAUGCGCAAGACAACCGGAGCGCGUCUGUUCCGUGAUUCUGGGCUCUCGCGCUCGCGAAAGCCCAAGGGGCUGGUUCGAACCACGAUCCACUGCCGGGCGUGGAUAUCAUUACCGAAUGCCCAGGAAGCGGAAGCCAUGGUACGGAUACCGGUACCUAGAGGCGUGGCCAACUCUGUCUGCUCAAAGUCAAGGUCAUCUGACCUCUGAAUCUCUGUCCCCUUUCCAGUCAACCACUCGGGGGGCUUCCGCGGUCUUGGGCAGACAGGGUUGCCUGGCCGUCAGCAAGUCUUGCUUUUUUGGCUCGGGCAGGCUGGGUAUCUCGAGGAAUGUCAAAGCAAGGGUCCUUCUCCAGCGACAGGAAUCCGUGCCUGCGAGAGGCAAAAUAUGCCUCUUCCCAAGGUUGUUUUCCCAAGUUCCUUCUUUCUGUCAUCAACAAGCGUGCGAGCUGCAGCAUACCAAACAGCACUCAUCCGAAAACCGCCGCAACCAUAACACCCUCCUCGGUCUCCUUCCCAUCGAGUCUAAAUUUGGGCCACACACUUUUGAGAGAGACUUCACGGGCAGCAGCAACUAUAUGCAGGCCCCGAGACAACCGAAACAUUUGGCGAGGAGGGGGGAGGGGCAGGUUCGGUGUCAAGGGGGGGGGGGGGGGUGCGCGAUCAGCCUGGCACGGAGCCCACAGAGCCCCAUGCCACACUCCGUCUGGGGUUUUAUCUCCAGGGUCAACUUUUUUAACCUCGUCCUGCUUGUCGACAGGCACCUGCGGCUUCAAUCUUUAAGCAUGUGGCUGACUACGAAGACGGGCUAA